AUGUCUCGCCGCCGUCGAGAGCAGUUCGAAGGGGCCCCACAGUCUCAGCCUCCAGACCCUUCCCAACAGCAACAGCAGCAGCAGCAACGUCAGCAGGUACUCCUCCACCAGCAGCAUCAGCAGCAUCAGCAGCACCAGCAGCACCAGCAGCACCAGCAGCACCAGCAACAUAUAGCGCAGCAGCAACAUGUUACUCAACAGCUACACCAUAUUCAACUCCAACAGCAGCAGGAGCAGCCAUAUUAUAUUCCUCUCAGUGCCCCUCCUGUACAUCCUCCGCCGCCACCCGGACCCCCACUUCUAGCUCAAGGUCCCCCACCUGUUGUACCAUUGACAGCGCAAUCACCUGAGCCACUUCGUUUACUCUCAGUCUUGGACUCACUGAAGCCCUUGGGCUUCACCUCCAUAUCCGACUUUCUCGUGCAUCUGUUCACAAGCGAAGACCCCGCAGUCCGCCGGCGCGUAAGCCUAUUCUACACCCAUGGCGGUAUCAAAUCACUCCUCGAAAUCUUCAUGGCGUCCAAGCGCGCACGCGAGAAUGGCGGAGAUGAGAUCGCUGUAGCGUGGGCUGGCGGUGUGUUCAAGGACGAAUUCGACCUCGGACUCGUUAAGGGUGGUAUCAACGUUGAUGUCCGCGCCAACUCUACCGAAUCCCGCGGACGCACGACUGGGGAAAUCCUCAAGGAGGGCCUCGAGAACUUCGAUUUGGUUAAGGUGCAGCGGCAAUGCGAGCGCAAGGCACCAUUACUAUGGCGUCUUCUGGAAACCCUGUCUUCAUCCGACCGUGAGCGAGUCGAGGUGAAAGUUGCACCACCACCGAACGACGAGCAGCCACAACAGCCAGCUUCAAAACGGCGGAAGAUGGAAUCUGGGCCUGGGGCCGUGGGUGUAUCAUCCGCGAACCCGCCCCUGACGGUUACGAUAAUGCUGCUAUUACUCGCAAGUUCACAGGUCAGGAACAAGUUUCAGAAAUGGCUUGGGCUCUAUCUGUAUGCCCAGGGUGUUCGAAAGGGGCCACUGAACUCGCUGCGGACAUUAGGCGUAGGCAGCGAGGGAAAAGUCAUCGGUGAUAACGUACUUCGUGUGAUCGGAGACGAUACAAAAAAGAAAUUACGUGCAGAGUUGGGUGGAUCGGAUCAAACACAGGUCAGGGGACCUGGCGCUCCAAGGACCAACCCAAGAUCUACAAAACGCAAAUCCCUUCUCACUGCGGAAGCCAUUGUCUUGGAGCCAGCACAAUCUAAUCCGGAUCCUUUACAUGGGAAGAGACCUUUUAUAAUAUCUCAGGCUACCUACCAUCCCUCCCCUAAGGAUCAUCUCCGGGCCGAUAACUUUGCGCCGUGUGCGACGAUUCCAUUUAUUAUAAGACUUCCCGUGGAGACUCCUGUUCUGACCAAAGGGAUGAUAAAAACCUCCUCCUUAUAUCGCAAAGAGAAAUACUUUCCAACCGUCCUCACACCUGUUGUUCCGGUUGCAAAAGAUCCACCUUCGUUCGGGAGUAAUAGCGCAGGUUCUAACUCCGGUGUGGCGGCGUUCUACGGCUAUCCAUUUUCAAAUUCUGCAUACAGUACAACCCCAGGGUAUGAUGCACCUACACCAGCUCCAAACGGCGACUUUUACUAUACACCUGCUACUCCAAGCGCUUCGGGGCCUACCUGGCCGGGCAACGCUAACCCCGGGGCUACAGGGUCUGCGAAUAAUGGAACAAGAAUCUUGCUUACAGACGAGGAGGGAAAGGUAUAUUGGAAAAAUCAGGCAAGGCGCAGUGUUUGGCGCGCAAUGAAGCGGAUGUGGCCGAAAGUUGGAGAAAUCAUUACAGAAGAUGAAGUGUGUGAACCGGCCCUUAACCCUACCGCCCCCCCAGAUAUCGAGCUAGAUAUCAAAGACCCAGUUUCGCAGGUAUCGGAGGAGGACCUAUUUCCAAUGCCGAGCAUGAAACGCGUUAACCCCAAAAAGCCCGAAGAGCAAAUGGCUGUACUGGAAUUGGUCUCAGAAUACCUUGGUUUCGAGACUAAACAUCUGAAAGGCCCCAAUGCCGGUGACCGCCUCUGGAUCUGGGCUGGAAAUCUUGAAACGAUACAAGGAUUAAAAUCCGCACGCCAUGCAGCACCCCCAGACUCGGUAUUACACAACAUACACCCGGUGCUCCAACUGUUUGAUAUAAGACAAUCAUUCCUCCUUGAGCUAUUGAAGCAGCACUAUGGAAAACCGAACGAUAAAGAUUUGACAAGUCUCUGUCAUCACAUGCAGAUCAUGAACCGCAAAUUUCUCAUUUUUGGGUUUUCAGUUACGGGGCAAUAUGCGGAGGGGCUUCUACUUCACUCUCUCGAGUCACAUCUGAUCGAUUCGAUUUUGAGCGUGACAAAGAUACGUGAAUCAGGACCAAAGACAAAACAGGAAGUUCUCGACAUAAUCACGAAGGUCUACGAGACCUACCUCGACUCCGAGACCGUAAAGGCCUACCAAGCCGUCACAGAAGCGACGAAUCGAGACGAAGUCUUCGAAAACCACAUGUUACUGAUGCAGCAUUCAAUUGUGUACUUCUCUCUCCUGGAAUGCACCGCCGCGGCAUCAACAGACAACCUCUUGCACAUCCUUGCCUGGAUCGCGACCGCCUUCCAGGGCCUCACUUCAAUUCGAUCCACAAAGAUGGCGCGAGAACUAUUAGAUCUCGUCUCCGGAUUGCAAGGAGAAUGGUCCAGCGAGAUUCGAGCAGCUGUCCUUGGCUCCAUGAUAAUUCCUAAACCUGCUGGGGCACCGUAUCCUGUGCUUUCAUCUCAUUCCGCAGCUGCAAAGGUAGCCGGCGAGUACCAUGAGGUUGAUUUUGCGAUGAAGCAGCUGUUGAGGCAGACAAAGACCGUCUUCGACCUGCGCGAUAAUCCAAAAUAUGACUUCUUCCGUGAGGUCGCGACGCCCAAUAUCAGGACUAUCUCGAAGGUUGUCCGCAACGCGGAGGAGGCUCUAGGGACGGCGCCAAGGACGGCAAACCAGUGGAAGAGCCCUGCUGAGAAUGUAGAUCCUGACAAGGAAAUACCCAAGCUUGUGAAAGAGCUUCGAGAAGGCCGGGUGGGCGAAUGGGUUGCAGGGAGGAAGGCAAGCUUCAAGGUGGAGCAUCUCCUGGCGAAUGGCGAGGAAAAGAUCAAGGGCGCGGGAUUUUUGGAGGAGUUCUGCAGGAGGGGUGAUAGGGCUGUUGUAGAUGGUGAGGAUGCGGCAGAUGAGACGGAGCAGCUUGAGGGUGAGAAGGAGUGGAGGAGGAGAAAUUUGUUCUUUGCCCCCGAUUUCGGGUUCGAUUGGGGUUUGUAA